GAGGGAGGCCCAGGCGGGAGGGAUGCAGGAUGGCAGAGAGUCCCAGCCUCCCCUACAGAACCACGGGAUCCACCUUGCUGCACCCGCUCAGUCAGCUCCUGGGCAUCCCGCUGGACCAGGUCAAUUUUGUAGCCUGUCAGCUGUUUGCCUUGUUGGCUGCUUUUUGGUUUCGCAUUUAUUUGAGUCCCAGCAAGGUCAGUUCCAUUGUUCGUCAUGUUUUUGCCACUCUCUUUGGAAUAUACUUUGCUGUUUUCUGCUUUGGAUGGUACUCAGUCCAUAUUUUUGUAUUGGUGAUGAUGAGCUAUGGUAUCAUGAACCUUGCGAGUAUUCCCAACAUCCACAGGUACUCCUUUGUGGUAGCCAUGGGAUACCUCACAUUGUGUCACAUUAGCCGGAUAUACAUAUUUCAUUAUGGCAUUCUCACUACAGAUUUCUCUGGAGGAUUAUGCUGCCCCCUGAUGAUUAUCACACAGAAGAUCACAACUCUUGCAUUCCAAUUGCAUGAUGGCUUAGGUCGACAAGCGGAGGACCUCACUGCUGAGCAAAAUCGGCUUGCUAUAAAAACAAGACCUUCUUUACUGGAGUAUUUGAGCUAUCUUCUCAAUUUUAUGGGUAUCAUAGCUGGACCUUGCAGCAAUUACAAGGACUAUGUAGCCUUCAUUGAAGGGAGGCAUGUGCAUAUGAAACUUUUAGAAGUGAACUGGAAGCAAAAGGGUUAUGACAGACUUCCUGAUCCUUCUCCAACUGGAGCUGUGAUAUACAAACUGUGUAUCACAUUUGUAUCUCUCCUUUUGUUCUUGACACUUACCAAGACCUACCCUGUCACAUACAUUGUUGAUAGCCAGUUUAUCAAUAACACAUCCUUCUUAUCAAGACUUGGCUACCUGUAUAUCGUUAUGCAAGCAUCGAAGCCAAAAUAUUACUUUGCAUGGACAUUAGCUGAUGCAGUCAACAAUGCAGCUGGCUAUGGGUUCAGUGGUGUUGAUGAGCAAGGCAAUUUCCAUUGGGACCUGCUAUCCAACUUAAAUAUAUGGAACAUUGAGACUGCAACGAGUUUUAAAAUGUACGUUGAGAACUGGAACAUUCAGACCGCUGCCUGGCUAAAGUGUGUUUGCUAUGACAGAGCUCCAUGGUACCCAACAGCCUUAACAUUUAUCCUGUCUGCCCUGUGGCAUGGUAUCUAUCCUGGAUAUUACUUUACAUUCCUUUCCGGAAUCCUUAUGACAUUAGCAUCCAGAGCAAUAAGGAACAAUUACAGACAUUACUUCCUCUCUUCAAAGUCGCUCAAGGUGAUCUAUGACAUUGUCACGUGGUUUGUCACUCAACUGGCUGUCUGUUAUACUGUGGCACCUUUUGUUAUGCUGGCUGUUGAGCCCACCAUUAAGUUAUACAAGUCACUGUACUUCCACAUGCACAUUCUAAGCCUCCUGGUGUUGCUGGUCCUACCAAUCAAACCUCAAGACCACACCAUGAAGCAGCUUCAGAAUCAAGUCACACACAACUCUGUUAAAAACAAGAAAGAAAAAUGAUACCUCAGAGGAAAAACACUCAUAUGGGGAAAUGAAGUGUCAUACCAAAACCAAAAGGACGCAAAUAAAAAGACAGUGGCAUUGUUAUUACUUAAUUUAAAAGGCUUUGGAAAGGACAGACUGGGGCGUAGUAGACUAUGUUCAAGAUGACUCCAGUAACAAAGAUGAACAGGCUUGAUUUUGAUUUUAUAACUACAGGGACUAUUUUUAUGAUGUGCUUUUAUAUAUUUAAUUUUUCACAUGUACAGACAUUUUUGAUCUUUUACAGAAAUGUACAUUUGAUAAACAAAAAUUUAAGAUUAAGAAAAUAAUAAUAAAAAACCUAACAAGCGUCAGAUCAGCAGCUUAGCAGACUGGUGCUCUGGGCUGCUGAAUCUUUGGCUUCGUAUUAUCCUGCCUAUGACCAGAGGUGGUCUGAGGUGUAGAACCACAGAACCUUAACUCCUGGGACUGUUGGUAUUGACUCCAGCAAGAGGAGGAAGGUCACAGCGUAUGAUGCAAGUACUCCCCAUGGGGUUCUAAAGCAGGAACCUGCUGCCUGAUUUCAGCAGCUUCGAGGCUCCUCAUUGGUCUCAGUGACACCUGCUGGUAUGAGAGACAAAUUAGUCACUUGGAAAUAAUUCAAAUAGGCUUCUAUGAAAGUAGGCCACUGGAUUGGCCAAAUUAAAUAUAAUAUAUAUAAUAAAAAUGGGAAAAUUAGAGUAUUUUAUGAUGGGCAGAUAAAAUCUUCUCUAGCUGAGGCUACGUCUUCAUUAUAAGUGAUGCAGCUACCCCUUGUAGGGCUGUAGUGUAGCUACUUGCUGCAGCAAUGGAAGGGAUUUUUCUAUUGCUGUGGUGAAUACAGCCCCAUGAGAAGCGGCAGACACAGAAUUCUUCUGUCAACAUAGUGGUGUCAAUACCAGGGCUCAGGGCAGCUUAACUAUCUCUCUCAAGGGUGGGGAUUUUUCACAUCCUUGAGUGACAUAGUGAGGUUUAUGUUUAGACCAGGCCUGAGAGACAAAGAUAAUUGGGAUGUGACUGCUGUUUGGCACUAAUUCAGCACUAUCUUGCAACUCUAGAAUGAUAUGUUUUCAUGUGAUACUUUUAUGAUCAGUAUACUGUAGGAAUAGGGAAACCUUACAGAUUUAGUACUUUAAAACUGUCAGUCACAGAGCAAAGGAUGGAGAAGAUUGGGAAUUGAUCAACUUGCUUUUCAUCUGUAUUGUCAAGUAGGGGUUUGUUCACAGAAGAUAACAAUUUAUUU